AUGGCACAGUCAAAUCCAGCAACGCCAGUCAAAAAACAUUCAGAUGCUGAACUCGAGGACUUUGAAGGCUUCGUACACUCAGUUUCACCACCGAAAAAAAGUAAAAGAAACCACACGCCAUACUUCAACAUGGUACUUCAAACUGACAGGAAUGAUUUUCAUAAUGCUGUAUUUUUUACAUACAACGCAGAAAAUGUAAGAAACCAAUUGUUGAAGGCAUCCGAAAAGAAAAAGCCCAUCAAACUAAAAAAAGCCACCAAAUCAAUAAGCUUUUCAAAUCCAAGUUCCUUUGAUAUAACUUGCAAUGCCACUACAGGCAUCUUACCUUUAGAAGAAAUAAAGUUUGCUCAUAAAAAUCCACCUAUUACACCAACAAUGACCAUUGAAAAUGUUAAACUUGCAUCUAUACAAGAAAUCGUGUCUGUUGAUGCAAAAGUGUCAAAACUCUUCCCACCACAAGAAAAAACCUCAAAAGAUGGAAAGCCCUUAACCUUGCAUCAGUGCCAUAUAUCUGAUGCCACAGGAUCUAUUGAAGUCUCUUUGUGGGCACCCAGCCAGAUAUUUAAACUUGAUCAAUCCUAUUCAUUCCAAGAUGUGUCUGUCAAAGAAUUCAAUGGCAUUAAAAGCCUUACAUACAUGCAAACAUCAUCACAUAAGAUUAUUGCUGAUUUGAAAAAUGUCUCCACAAAUAAACCAGACAGUUCAUCUUCACAUGCUAUAAAAGAUGAAAUAUCAUCAGUCAAUUCAACGAUUGUUUUCAAAUGUUGCUCAUGCUCCCAUGAACUUGUUCCAACAACAUCUAAAUUUAUAAAGUGCUCUGCAUGUCAUAUGAAGCAAAAAACAUCAAACUUACGAAAAUCUACCAGCACCAAACUUAAACUUAGCAAAUCCUUUGUAAAAUACACACUUACUAAUCAAGCUUUAUCUGACUUUUUAUUAAUGAGUAAUGUAGAUAUUACAAACAUGGACAGUGAUGACAUCGAAGAAUUCCUUCUGAACAUUGAUGAAGCAUUAAUGUUUACAAUAAUCAAUAACAAUGUUAUUGAAAAAAUAGAAAAACCAAUUGCUAAACAACAUGUUGAAUAA